CAUCUAAAUAUAGGUAGACAGAACACUCCAUUCAUAAAACUCAAUUUUUUAGAAUCAUACAUGGUUUGGCACUUUUAUGAGAGUUAAAAAGAGAUGGGUACAUAAAUAUGACAACACGGUUGAGUUUCGUCUGUCUUUCUGUCAUUUCACUCCAUCAGUGGCGUGACGGUGGUGUGGUGUUUUUUUAUCAAAAAUUUUAAAAUAGUUAUUUUGUGUAUUUUAAUUUAAAUUUUAAUUUGUAAUAUACGUAGUAAUAUCGAUAAUAUACAAUGUAGGGGCGUUUGCACCAAGUUUUUUAAGCAAAACUUAACACUAUGUUUAGCUUAUUUUCUUGCACUAUGCUUUAAUCUAACUUGAAUUUAUAUUUAAAUUAAGCGGUCAAAUUUCCAGGCUAGUGGUCACUUAACCUAUCUUAGACACAAAAAUAUUGUUUUACGAGGAAGAAUUAUUGUUAUUCCUUUGAGAAAGCUAAAAAAUGUAUUAUGAUACCUCUACGUAAGUUCGAUGAUUACUUUUGAUAUCCUAGACGUCGAUCAGUAGGUAUAUUCAUUGAAAAUGGAUUUCCUCAAGAAUGGAUGUAAGGAAAAAUCAUAUUGCCAAGAAAUGAACCUCCUUAAGUUUUUAGGACAGAGACUUUUAAACGACACUGUAAUAUAUAUCAUUAUUAAUUACCUCGGUUUAAUUGAACAAAAUCUAGAAUAUCAAAAUGAGAGUAUUUCCAGAAACAACAGCAUAACUGCCAUAAAUCAACAACAAUUUUAUAGUAUAUUUGGGUUUCCUGGGAUUAUAGGGAUAGUUGAUGGAACACAAUGGGGUAUUGAUGGAGAGGUAUUUAGAAAUAGAAAAGCAUUAUUUUCCCAACAUUUAAAUUACUGGAAAUGCUAGUCUUAAAACUAUAGACUUGAU